CCUGUGGUCUGUGUAGUAUAAAUAGGGUGUUGUUGUGCUGGGUCGCCAUUACGGACUGUGGAGCUGCCUGCCGUGUCUCUUUGCAAUCCAGCCUGCGGAAUGGACGGCAAGAGCCAUCCGGCUUGGCAGAACUUUCAGCAGCCAGCACACAACAUCCAGUCAGGUGUUCAGAUGAACAUCGAAACGUUGUGAGAAGCUGUCACAAAGAAGACCCCAGCAGAUUCAGGGUUGGACUAUAAAGAUUGGACCACCUAAGCCAUUCUGCCGGGGAAACAGACAACAUAGGGGACGGUUCUGUGAAUGGUAUGAACAGUCCGACUGGCGCUGGAAAACGAGUACGCAGGCCGUCCAUCAUGUAUGCUGAGGGAUACGAAACAAGCGAAUCAAAGCAGGCUCCUAAGAAACCAGGCCGCAUGACAAACCAGUUGCAGUAUUUGUUAAAAGUGGUGAUGAAAGCAGUAUGGAAGCACAACUUUGCCUGGCCCUUCCACGAGCCAGUGGAUUGGGUGAAGCUAAACAUACCAGAUUACCCAAAGAUAAUCAAAACUCCUAUGGACCUGGGAACCAUCAAAAAGCGAUUGGAAACCAACUACUACUACAGUGCCAAGGAGUGUAUUCAAGACUUCAACUUAAUGUUUACCAAUUGUUAUGUCUACAACAAGCCAGGAGAGGAUGUGUAUCUCAUGGCCCAAACACUAGAGAAGCUCUUCCUGCAAAAAGUAGCCCAGAUGCCUCCAGAGGAGGUUGAGGUAGCGUCUCAGCAGAAACCCGCGGUACAACCCAAGGGCAAGAAAGGGCCACGAAAGGGACCCAGAGUACAAGCUGCCCAAUCGACAGCAGUUCCCGUGCUAAAUGCACAGCCUCCGGUAUCCCAGCCGCCCCCACCGGCACCGGUAGUGACUCCUCCGCCCAUCGUUCCGACCACGGUGGCGCCAACAACGCACGUCCCGACAGACCUGAGUCUACCGCCACAACCCAUCCCACAUCAGCCCCCUCCGCCAGUAGUACAACCUCCCCCUACGAGAGCGCCCCCCGCCAGAACGCAGCAGCCCCGGCCCCCGCCCAUAGAGCAGCCACCCCCGCCACAGUUACAGAUGCCUCCGCAGACGUUACCACAGGGUCCAUCCACAGCUCCUGCACCAAUCAUCUCCCAGCCUGGGCAGGCAGUCCCCACCAAGGAGCUUGGGCAGCCUCCUUCCUGGCCUCUACCACUCAUGGGCAGGGCCACUGGGCUACGUCCCAGUCAGAAGGUCAAGAAAGGUGUGAAGAGAAAAGCGGACACGACCACGCCCACCACCAUCUCCACGACGACGGGCAGCGAAUCGUCGCCCUCCACCACCGAGCCGAGACCAGCGAAAAUCCCUCCCGUCAGGUGGGAACCAGAUCAUCCCAAAGCUUGGAGAGAAAGUGGUCGACAGAUCAAGCCGCCCAGGAGGGAACUCCCCGAGACGGAGCAGCACAGUUCCAAGAAGAAGGGCAAGCUGUCCGCACAGCUCAAGUACUGUCAGGGCAUCAUCAAGGAGAUGUUUGCCAAGAAACAUGCGGCGUAUGCUUGGCCAUUCUAUGAACCAGUGGACGCUGACUUGCUAGGCCUACACGACUACCACGAAAUCAUCAAACACCCCAUGGAUCUGGGAACAGUAAAGAAAAAGAUGGAUACUCGGGAGUACAAGUCUGCCCAGGAGUUUGCGUCGGACAUGAGAAUGAUCUUCAGCAACUGCUACAGAUAUAACCCUCCCGAGCACGACGUAGUACAAAUGGCCAGAAAAUUACAAGAUGUGUUUGAAAUGAAGUAUGCCAAAAUGCCUGACGAACCCCCCGACCCUGAGCCCCAGCCCCUCCCUGUCCCACCCCCCGCGGCGGAACCUGAACCCAACACGAGCACCAGCAGUAGCAGCAGCGACUCUUCUUCCGACUCCGACAGCACCGACAGCGAAGAGGAGAGAGAGGCGAGGUUACGGGAACUCCAAGAUCAAGUGAGUGUCUGUGAUCUGAACAUGCUGCACACCAGGCCCUGGCACCAGUUGAGAGCGGUACACGAGCAGCUUAGCGCAUUAUCAGAAGCAUCCCAACAACACAAACCCCAUAAAAAGAAGAAAGAAAAAGACAAGGACAAAGAGAAGGACAAAGACAAAGAAAAGGACAAAGACAAGGAUAAGGAGGACAAACACAAGAAGAAGAAGAAAAAGGAGAAAGACAAAAAGGAGGGUGAAGUUGUCCCUGUUAAGAAGGAUGUCCCAGCGCCCACUCCUGUACCCCCACCACAGCCACCUCCAAAACAACCCAGAAAAACGCAGCCCAAGAAAACCAACAGCAGAGUUGGGCAGGCCAGGAAACAACCAAGUAGACAAUCAUCGAAGAAAAGUAAAGCUCAGACCACGACAGCUCCAGCGUACGAGAGCGAGGAUGAGGAUCUGUGUAAGCCAAUGACGUAUGACGAGAAGAGGCAGCUCAGCUUGGACAUCAACAAAUUACCAGGUGACAAGCUGGGGAGAGUAGUACACAUCAUCCAAUCCAGAGAGCCGUCGUUACGAGACUCCAACCCCGAUGAGAUAGAAAUAGACUUCGAAACCCUCAAACCUUCCACCCUUCGAGAACUAGAGAGAUACGUCAUGAGCUGUCUCAGGAAAAAGCCCAGAAAACCUUAUGAUAAAGGGUCCCCUUCUGUUGCAGCGAAACGUCCCCAGGGCAAGACAAAGGAAGAGGUGACCAAACAAAAGAAGGAGGAGCUCGAGAGGAGGCUACAGGAUGUCAGUGGUCAACUGUCGUCGGCAAAGUCCAAGGUGGCCAAGAAAGAGAAAGAGGCUGCUGCCAACGCUGAAGCGGGCGGUCCCUCGCGACUGAGCGCGAGCAGUAGCAGCUCGUCGGACAGCGAUAGCAGCAGUACCAGCAGCGGUUCAAGCUCCUCCGAUAGUAGCGACUCAGAGUCAGGGCCAACACCAAAGAAGCAACGCACAAAUUCCGGAAAAGAGAACAAGUCUAAGAAAUCCAGCUCUUCCAAGGAGAAAUCUCAGGGUGCCCCCGGUCCUGUGGUGGCCCCCCUCCCCCCUGUGCCCCAGGUGUCAGCCCCGGUCCCACCAAUAGUCCUGCCACAAGUCCAGCCUCCUCCUCCUCCGCUUCCUGUCCAACAGCAUCCUGCCCCUCAGCAACAUAAGCACCAACCUGUACCUGUACAACAACCUGUCGCACCUGCACACCAUGCCAGCUUGCCCCCCCAGCCAAGCAGACCGAGUGCCAAGGCCGCCCCAGCCCCUCCCAAACCUGUUACCAUCAGACCUCCCACUACACAGCUCCAACAACAACUCAGGCCUCCAGUGUCCUCACCACCACCACUGGCCAGCCCACCCCCAUUAAUAGACAACAGAAGUUUCCCCCCAAUGCCUUUACCCAACCCCCCACCUCCAGUCUCUGUUCCCCUUACUCAACCCCCUCCCCUGGCAACCCAAGCUCCCCCUCCCGUCCCCUCCCAGAUUGAGCAACUCCUGGCUGCUCCCAGGCACCCCCCUCCGACGACCAGACCGCCUCCUCUGGUGUCCCCCCCUGUUGUGAAACCCCCUCCCCCAGAGGUGAAGCUCCCGUCCCCCCCACCGGCACCCCUGCUGCCCCCAGUGGUGGAGAAGAAACAGGAGAGCAGAGUGGAGGCCCCCCAGCCCCAGGUGCCGCCCCAGGGGCACAGACUGGACAUGUCUGGACUCUCCCCCUCCCCUCCGUCAUCGGUACCUUCUGCUCCGGUGUCAAGACCACCUUCUGCACCAACUGGGAGCACAAACGGUGUGUCCCACCCAAAGUCCCAGCCUGACGGUGCCAGUAAGCCUGACCCUGUCGGUAACCCGGCCACCCCUCCCCCUACAUCUGCCGCUCAGUCUACACCCCAGCAGAAGAAGGAUUUCAAGGCCCGGAAUGUGAACCCGUGGGCAAAGUUGGCGAGCCAGAGCGCUCGACCAAGUGUCAACAAGUCCACUGCUGCCAACAGUUUUGAAAUGUUCCGAAAGCAGGCACGGGAAAAGGAAGAAAGGGCCAAGAUGCUGAGACAACAGGAGGAGCACAGACAACAGCAGAGGGAGCAGGCUGAACGGGAGAGACAACGGCAGGAGAGGGAGAGACUGAGGGAACGGGAGGAGGAAGAGAUGCUGGAGCGCGCCAGACUGGAGCGUGCCCGACGGUCGCAGGAGGCGGCGCGGAGACAGCAGAGCGAGGAGCGGCGCCAGCAGGACGAGGAACAGCGACAGAAGGAGGACGACCAGGAGCGGCUGGAGAACGAGCGCCAGAAGAUGGCGGCCCAGCGAGAGCGGGAGAGACGCAAGGAGCAGGAGAGAAGGCGCAGGGAGGCGAUGGCUGGUGGCAUCGACAUGAACCAACAACAUGACAUCAUGGCCUCCUUUGAAGAGAUGAUGUAGAGUACGAAAGUCACAUCCGCUACAGUCCUCUCUCUCGCCACAAGGAUUUCUCUGCUACAGGGCAUCGUUGUCUGUAACAGACGAUAACAGUAUGGUGCAGGUCUCGGAUUUGACAACUACGGGCAGAAUUCUUACGAUAAACCGUGGUUGUUCGUUCCUCUUGUAAAGUUUUGACCACAGCUGUAGAUUGCACACACCUUUAUCGGGUAUGAAUAUACCUCGGCGUUGUGAUCAAAUGUUGAAGAAACCAUUAAACCUGGUGUUAAGUCUUGUAAAACGUGGCCACAGUGUUUAUGGUGUUAAGUCAGAAUGGGUCGGACCAUUCGGUAUCUGCCCUAAAUAUCCAGGCACGUGCCUGGCUUUCACAGCCAUGAUGUUGAUAAGUCGUAGUAUAUAUUCCCACACACUGCGUAUACUCUGUCUCAGAGACGUAGUGUUCUAUUUUCUAACUUCUCAACACGGCGUGUACAUACUGCUGCUGUAUAAUGUUGCUUGUAGUGUUAGUAUGACCCCCCCUCCCCUUACAUAGACCCCCCCCCCCCCCCUGUGGGAGAGCAAUUACCUUUUCCAGUCAAGACGGGAACAGCCCAACACUGUAAAUACCUCAUUUUUCUCGCUCGUUCUUAAAGAGAUAUGCAAGAAUAUAUUGUUAUGAUAUCCACUGGCAUGUUGCAUGUUUGUAAGGUGCAAAGACAAGUGGUGUGAGACGUCCAACAUUAGAGAAAGUUGGGGGACGGAUCCAAAUGUACAGUCUUGAGCCAGGAUUGGGAAGUUCUUGUAAGUUCCUAACAUAGCCAGCUAUUCCAUUCUCCUACACAUAACCUUGUCUACGGCACGUACAAUAAACUUGAGGGCCGCUCUGCUUACCUGGGCUUAAAUUUUUAUUGGCAUGGCCUUUAACAAGUUGUUAGCCAAUCAGAGAACUAGCUUUACCCAUACAGAACAUUUAGGUGAUUCUGAUUGGUUAAUAGCAGGUUAGAGGCCACAGCUACAAAAGUGGAAACCUCUGCCCGGUUAAACAGCCUCCCCAAGGUAUAUUGUACAGACCAUGGCUGAGGCUCUGCAAGGGAGAAUGAGCAAUCCUUGUACAGUUUGAAUGGGUUUUGUCUAUCUGUAGAGUUCCCCUUGCUAAGUCCUAAGAGUGGCAUUUUGAAAAGUGCUUUCUUCGAGUUAGAGGCAAGGUGCAACUGCUAUGUGCAAAGCAAACGUGGCUGAUAGAAAAAAUUGUAGUGCCAUAUUUUCUCUUGUAUAAAGGUGGCUGUUCAACUUAAAAGCCAAGAAAAAUAUUAAGAGAAUGGGUGGAAUAAUUUUGUUCCGUUCUUUUUUUUUUUUACACGUUUUUGUUUGAUGAUAUUUUUUGACGGGGAUGUUCGCUUGUGUUACAGCAUUUUUUUAAACACCCUACCAAACAGUUGCAUGCUAUUCAUGUUAAAUAUUAAGAUGUUGUAAGGAAAAAAAAAAAUAUUAUAGUAUUCUUCCUAAGAAAAAAAUGUGUUGUCCAGAGAAAGAACAUUCCAUGGUAAGGUUCUGUAUUAGACGAUGUCACUUUGACACCCCCUUAACUCUACACAAAACUAGCUGAUCAUUUAACACAUUUUCAAUUGUACAGAAAGUAAUGUAUGUGAAUUAAUUCAUCCUCCCUUCAUUUUGUGACUUUGUGUACAGUUUUUCAUCUUUUAUUACGAUAUUAUUGACACAAGUAAAGGGAUGGUUUGCCAAAAUCGUAUUCGAAUCCCAAGUACUAUUAUUGUGACGGUGGUGCGCGGUCUGUGGCUAUUGAGUAGCUCCUGACUGCCUGGGUUUAAGUGAAACUGCAGGGCUAGAGCUUUGUCAGUACUUAAAAAGUAGGACCAGUGUUUUUCUGUGUAUGAUCAAUGUAUUUAAGUGGCAUGGAAUUGCCCCAGGUUACAAAUGUACAACAAAAUUGUUGAAUAAAGCACAAUCAAACUGCA